AUGCCUCUCCUCCUCACUGUUGUCAUAUCUUAUGACAUCACUUGCCAGUGGAAGCUCAAUCUCAUGAAGAGAAUGAAUGAGCUCCCAGAACACCUUUGGAUGCCAGUGGCUGUCACCCUCACAGCAUUUAUGUUUGGAAUCCUGAAGUUUCACUGCCCUGUGCACAAGGAAAAAUGUGCAAUUCCACAUUCCUUGAACCUCAUGCCAGGCGUAGGAUGGACUGAUGGUGAGGGAAUUGAAUGCAACUGGGCAGAGAUGAACCACAUUGCCAGCAGCAUGAAGGAAAUGGGUUAUGCUGGACUAAGACUCUCACUAUGGAGAAAAUUGCUAAAUGCUGUCAAGGAACAGGGUCAUCACCAAUCCAUUUUGUGUGACUUUAAUUUAGCGAUUGAUGAUGCACGUCAAGGAGAAUGGACUGAGAUGAUUGAUGCUUGGGAAUGCGACAAAUCAAGUCCAAAUCCAUAUGUGCACAGCAAAAUUAGCCUUUCAGAAGCACAAGUAUGUGCUAAUCUUGUGGACAAUAAGAAGAUUUAUAUCAGUAACAGGCAUCAACUUCUGCAUGAAGUUACUCCUAGUUCUUUCAUCAAUAUGGGCCUGGUUCUGGAAGAUGUGCAGUAA